AAAUUGAUCUUAUGUUAGAACCAUUUCAAGCUCAGUACACGUUUUGUAACAGACGCAAUAUGACCCUAUUGACUAUCUUCCGGGAUAUAAAGUCAUUUGUGAAUAAAGAUGACUACGAUUUGGAGAGACCAGAUGUGACGCUGCAGAAUUUUCACCCUCAAAUCGAAGUAUUUUUCGCAAUCAAUGGAAUAUUCUUUAACAAUCACACGUCUAAGAAAAGAUUCAUCUGGCCAGGACUGAGUUCCUUUAUGGCGUGUGUAGCGAUUGGCUUUGAGCUGAUGUUCAUCUGGCGGGGUCUGACCACCAAGGACUACGCUAUGGCCACUGAGUCCUUCGCUUACCUUAUCAUCCUUGGUUCUGUGAACCUCAUCUACUUUGGAGUGCUGGCCAAUAGGACCAUGGUCCUGAAACUGUUGAGUGAAAUGAGUAAAGAUUUUCGUUACAUUUGCAAUUUGGCGCCAAACUACAGAAAAAGUUUUUUAGAUGGGCAACUUCUAAUUUGGAAAUUGACCAUGAUUUGGGGAAUAUUUGUAACAAUUGUGGCGAUUCUGUACGUGUUGAACACGUUUGUACUGCUUCUUUACCAGAGCCUCUUUGCCACUUUGGAUGAGCAUUACGUCCGCCCAUUUAUAUUUUCAGUCUGGCUCCCCCAUGACGAUCCGCACAGGAGCCCAAACUACGAGAUGAUAAUGGUGUUUCACGUUGCGCUUAUACUUGUAGCCAUGGCUUCAUUCGGCUUAUACGUACCCCUAUCGCUGCAUCUCUUUAUGCACUACUACAAGCUGCUAGACAUGAUAUUGAUCGCCAUUGAUGAGCUGUUCGAUGAGUUGGACGAGUCAGUCGUGACCUUGCACGUGGCAGACCAGCGCCGACUGGAUGUGAAGGCUGAGCUCGGCAGGAGGAUGGGAUGCAUCGUGCAGUGGCAUCAGUCGGUUUUUGAUUCUGUGGACGAAAUAACAUCAAUCUAUGGCCCCAUGCUGGUGUAUCAAGUAAUGUUUAGCUCCGUCAUCAUCUGCUUGAUGGCACACCAAGUCGCUAUCCAACUGGCAGAAGGAAAAUUCAACUAUUUAUUUGCCUUAUUGUUGGUUGGUGCCGUCGUUCAACUGUGGAUCCCAUGCUGCAUUGGCACUUUGAUGCAGACCAAGGCCUUGUCGCUAGGUGAGCGCUGUUUCUACUCCAACUGGUACAAGACGCCGCUGACGCAGCUGGUCCGUCAGGACUUGCUCAUCUUCAUCAUGCGGACGCAGGUCCCGGUCGAGAUUAAAUUCACCGGCCUACCCGAGUUGGAGCUCCACACCUUCUCUUCGAUUAUGAGUACCGCCUACUCUUACUUCAAUAUGCUUCGACAGUACAAUUAGAAUUCCUAUU